GGGCUGCGUGGGGUUGGAGGCGGUCAGGAUUUGCUGGUGCUGGUGCUGGAGCUCCCCCGGCUGGGGUUGGCUCUGGCAGUGCGGAGAAAGAGGGCGCGGGCGAGGGCAGAUGCACUGCUAUGCCUGUGCCUCUGCCUGGACAGUCGGAACCCGGCCGCAAUGGCGUGCCGGAAAGAUGGAGACGGCGGUGCAGAUGGCGCGUGUUAUUGAAUGCGCGGCGGGCAGAGGGGCGAGCGGCGAGUGCGAGUGUGGGCAUGAGUGAGGGCUUGGGUGAUGUAGUCUCGCUAGUGCGAGAGCUCCAUCCCUGCAGGUCCUGUCGUCAGAGGCGUUCUGCCAGCAGCCCGCGGUGGGGUAAGGCGGCCGCUGAGCUCGAGCUGUCCAAAGGCCCGAAUGAUUUCAUGCCCUGCAGCUCCAGCGACCAUCGUGAACUUUCCGCAUACUUCCAUUGCCUCUGCCCUGCCGUCUGCCCCUGUCCCUGCUUUGGGCUGCUCCAUCAUCUUGGGCUGCCUUCCAUUGACUCGGUCCCAGCGCCGACCCCGGCAUUGUUCUGGUUCAUCUUUACCCACUACACACCGAGUCCUAGCAUUGAGCCCUUCUUUGCUCUCCGAGGACCAUCACCACAAUUCAUUGUUGCAGCCAUGUUCAGGCCCCACGUCUUUCGCCAGGUUGCCCGUGCCGCCACAGCACAAGCUCCUCGCGCAGCCUUUCGACCGGCAACGCCAGCAUUGGCCUCGAUUCGACACUUCACAUGCACUCCUAGUCGCUUUGACAAGGACACCAACAGCGAUGACCCAGUGGACGCGGCGACCACGGCGGGCGAGCCCGGUGAGAGCGGCGACCACGAGGGCCAGUAUGCGCGAACCCGCGACGACAUUGUCGUAGAAUACCCAGAAGAGAAGGACCUGCCGCCCUCGAAUCCAGUCGUGGGCCGCGGAGGCGAGCACUCCAAGCGCACGCUGGCCUCCUUCUCCAUGGAGGGCAAGGUGGCUGUUGUGACUGGCGGAGCCCGAGGGCUGGGCUUGGUUAUGGCGCAGGCACUCGUGACAUCGGGAGCCGAUGUUGCCAUUGUCGACAUGAACAGAGACGAGGGCGAGCGCUCGGCAAAGGGGCUCGUUGACGUGUUCAAGAAGGAGAAUCCGGGAUCCAAGAGGACACCAAAAGUCACUGCGCAUUUCUGCGAUGUCUCGAGCCCGACAUCAGUCAACCAGUCGCUUGCCGAGAUCCUGAAGCAGCACGGCAAGGUCGACAACCUCGUCACGUCGGCUGGCUUCACCGAGAACUACGACGCCAUCUCGUAUCCUUAUGACCGCAUACAGAAACUCUGGGGCGUCAACGUCGACGGCACGUAUCUAUACGCCGUGGCUGUGGCGAAGCACCUGAUGGAGAGGAAGGCCCCUGGCAGCAUCGUCAUGAUUGGAAGCAUGUCCGGUGCCAUUGUCAAUGUCCCGCAACCCCAGGCUCCAUACAAUGCUGCAAAGGCAGCAGUCCGGCAUCUGGCAUCCAGUCUGGCGGUUGAGUGGGCCGGCGCAGGCAUCCGCGUCAACUGCAUUUCUCCUGGCUACAUGCUGACUGCACUGACCAAGAAGAUUCUCGACGACAACCCAGACCUCCAGAAGCAGUGGACAUCUCUGAUCCCCGUGGGCAAGAUGGGACGUCCGGAGGAUCUGAUGGGCGCCGUUACUUUCCUGUCGAGCGACGCCAGCUCCUACGUGACUGGUGCGGAUCUGCGAGUUGACGGCGCCUACACGUGCACGUAGACGGCCGAUGCGUAGUUGGCAAGGCUUGUGUAUUAGAGUCGACGCGCUCGUGUACACUGCUUUCCCCGGCCGGCUGGGGCUAAAGCAGAUACCGGCGCUGAUAGACAGAUAGCAAUUAAUACGAGACAGCUCGACCGCCC